AUGCGCUCGCUCCCGGGCGCCCUCCUCCCAGGUGCUCAACCAAGAGGAGGCCCCUCUGGGCCAAGUGGGUCACCUCUGGGCAUCCCUCUACAGUCAGUCAAGGUGACAGGACAAAGCCAGUUUCCCUCUCGAGCCGGGUUCAUUCAGAGGCCCGGGAACCUCCCCUGGGGCGCCCCGGGAGCGCGGACCACCGCACCCGCCCGGGAGGCCAGAAGGAAGGAGGCGGGGGCGUGCCAAGCCGUCUGGAGACCAGACGGUGGCGCCCUGGAGGCCACCCGUCCGCCUUCACCCUCGAGGGUGCGGCUGGACACUGGGAGGGUGGCGCAGCUCCGGGUGCUCCGCUGCGGAAUCUCCGAGUCCCGCAGGCAGCCGCCUAGGCUCCCACCCGGGAGACCGCCAGCCCUACCCGGAGAGCAGGCCCUUCCCCACCCACCGCACCCGGGGCCCCUCGGCCGGGUGGCCAUGGCCGACAGCGGCGGCGCGGGCAGCUCGGGGCCCUGGUGGAAAUCGCUGACCAACAGCAGGACGAAAAGCAAGGAAGCCGCAGUAGGGGCGCAGCCUCCCACGCAAGCUGCGCCCGGGGAGCCAGCGCCGCCCGCACCGCCCAGCCCGGACUGGACUAGCAGCUCCCGGGAGAAUCAGCACCGCAAUCUCCUCGGGGGGUCCGGCGACCCCCACAAGCCAGACAAGCUGUGCGGGGAGAAAUCGGGCAGCAGCCGCCGCAAUUUGAAGAUCUCGCGCUCGGGCCGCUUUAAAGAGAAGAGGAAAGUGCGCGCUACUCUGCUCCCCGAAGGAGUCAGGUCCCCGGACGAGGAGGGCUUCCCGGGUGACCCGCAGGAGGACACGCAGUAGUCGGAGCGCUUCCGGGACUGUAUCUCUUCCCACCACUCCUCCCUACCCCCAGUUCUAAACCCCAGAGUUCUGGCUCACCCCAGUACCUGGUGUCUCAUCCUGCCAACUUCAGAGUAUUUCAAACAAGGCCUCCCCGAUUUUCUUCUUCCUGGAAAUCGACCGAGUUGUCAAUAUUUCAUGACUCAAGGAGGCAUUGAGUAUUUAUCUAUGGUAAGAGAAGAUACCUGCCACAGAGGAAGUUGGCAUAAUUAUUUUUUCCCAAAAGUUCUCCAGUGACCUCCACCCCUUGGGCCACCUGGGGAGUGAGAAGGGUACUUCUCUGAGUUCGUAGCCCAACUGGGACUGCACAGCCCCUCAAAGGAGGAAGCCAGGAAGCCCCACUCUGAUUCAGGACUUGCUAUUGGAAAGCAAAUUAACGCCAGAGAAAUGCACUUUAGAUGUACUUCUUAGAUGU